AUAAUCAAUUUGUUAAAGUUAAAAGUAUAUGCUUAAAUAAACUAUAUGGAAAUGGUGGUUAUGGUCAUUAAAUUCAUAGUCCUGUCCUAAGUUUUAGAUCUCAAGUUAUGCUUAUAUAUAUAUAUAUAUAUUUAAAAAUGGUUUAAUUAAAAGCACAAAGACAUGAAUAUAUCUGAAACCAGUUCAAAUAAUACUUUUCUAUUUGAUGGUAAUUUCAACUUUAAUAAUAACCCUGGGCUCGUUUUUGUUUUAAUUUCAUGUGCAUGUACUGGGCUAUGGUUAUUUUUUCUUACAUUUUAUCUGUCAAGAAUAACUGGCUUUAUAUUGACUAAAAUAUUGCAAAAACGCUACUUGAAAAAUGGGUACCUCAGUAUUGGUUCAUUUUCAAUGUCACUAUUGUCUGGAAAGUUCAUGUUCAGAGAUAUUCGUUACAUAACUAAAGACUUUAGCAUAAUUGUUAUCGAUGGUCAAAUCAUUUUUAAAUGGUGGCUAACUUACGAUGCUGAAAAUUUAAAUUAUUAUAAAAAGUUUUCUAAAGACCAAGAUAUUUGUGAUUCUACACAAAGUAGAUUGAUAUUUUAUUUGAAUGGUUUAGAGAUUCACUUCUUUAACAGAUCAGAUCUAUACAAUGAAAUUCAAAAUAUACUAAAAUGCGAGCGUUAUGGAGAUGCAAGAAAAUCAAUAACAAGCUUGGAUGUUUUAGAAAGUAAUAUAGAAAAUAGAAAAAAUAGUCAAGAUUCUAAAUUGAAUAUAUGGAGAGAGCUGUUUCCUCUGAUCCGGUUUAACAUUCGAUCUGGUAAACUUGCACUUGGGAAUCGUUUAUUGGAAACUACAUUAUGGGUUCAUUUCAAUAAGGGUACUGCCGCUUACUCUAUGCCUGAUGCAUUGUCCACUUUAGAUUAUUACACUCAUUUUUUUCAAUGCAAGUUUGAUGAUCUACGCGUGCUUUUGUCUAAAAGUUCAGGUUAUGUAGGCACUACAUCAGAGCCUCCUCGCUUUAUGGGUCAGGGUUUUGUUGUGUUACAAUCUGGACAAGCUAAAGUAUUAUAUUAUCAAGAUGAACCUGGUUUAGUCCCAGAUGAAGCCGCUCCUGAUUCUGAUCCAGAGUGGGGAUUAAAUGUAAUGUUUACAAAAAGUGCAAAUAUCACAUAUGGACCAUGGGUUGAUAAACAGAGAGAUGCACUCCAGAAGUUCUUUUUUCCAAAUAACUUUCAAGAACUUGCAGUUACUAAACCAAUGGAGUCAUUGCAACAGCGUUUGCAUACAGGGUUUGAUGUCAAAAUUGAAUUUAUUGCCUCAACUACUCUAGAUUUGUUGUUCUCUAAAGAUAAGGAAACAUCUGCUGUUCAUAUUUGCUGCAAUAAACCUUCUUCAUUGCAUUACUAUCAGCCAUGGGUUGUUAAUGAAUAUGGCUACACUUCUAACUUUAUUGCUUUGCUACAAAAAGUUGAAAUAACUACUAGUUUACUGUUUCGAAAAUUUCUUGAAUGUGAUCAAAUUGAGAUUGCUAUAAAUAUGAUGGUGCCGAGAAUAUGGAAUCAUUUUCAACAUUGGUCAUGCGAAGUUGGUCUUUCAAAAACAACUUGCUAUUUUGUUAGUGAACAUCAAAAGUUUUUUAAUGAUCUUGUUAGUGAUUGGUCAAGCAACGAGCCUCUAGAUAUUGCUAAAUUUGUUCCAUAUGAUUGGGCUUUUAAUUUCAAUUUGCGUGAUUUUGAAAUUAUUUUAAUGGUCAAUGAAAAUAACUGGAUUGAAUGUGCUAAUCAGGAUGAAAAUAACGAGCUUGCAAUAUGUGGAGAAACUCUUGAAAUUAAUUUUACAAUACCAAACACUUCAUUUUUGCCUGAAGUUAUUGAAAUGAACUUUAUUUUUCGAUUUGAAACUAUUAUGCUGAGAAUGUUUGUGCCUGAGUCAAACACAUUACGAAGAAGUGUAGUCUCACUUGCCAAAGUUUAUGAUAAAAGCGCAAACAAGAUACCAAAUAGUAAAAGUUUUCAAUCUAAUGAAGAUUUUCAUGAUUUUGAUAGAAACUUUGAUGAAGUUGAUGGUGUUUGUGUUGAGGAUCAACUUAGCCAAGGGUGGAGAUGCAGAACAAGGAAUGCAGGCUGGAUUGAUGUGUGGUCAUCCCCAGUAUUUUUGCUCAACAUUGAUUACAAAUAUCAUCCAAUACCUAUAGAAAAUGAUACUAUUAAAAAUAUAAAUCUAAAAUGUGGACUCAAUUCUGGCAAAGAAAAAAAGCCAAAUGAAUUGGUUCCUGAUAUCCUUACAGUUACAUUAGAAGGAGGUCCUUCAGCUGCUCGAAUUUUUGGGUACUUUUGGAAACAGUUUUUUGUCGGAUUUAAGGACAAUUACUUUGGGGUUAAUCAAAAGUUAGGGGAGUUCAAUGCAAAUAAAGAGUAUAGUGAUAAUUGUCCAUCAAAUUUAAGUAAAAAACAUAAUGAUAGUCAACUAGAUGCUUCAAAUGUGAUGCCAGUAGAUGCAUGUUUUCAUCCUUUAGAAGUUAAUGUCACUGUUGUUUUGAUAGAUAUUCAUGCUGAAUUAACAAUGCAUACUGUUAAUAAAAAAGAAUCUCCACAAGCUUUUACAGACCGAAUAACUUUUGAAAUUCGUAAAACAUAUUAUGAAACAAAGAUGCAGCUAAUCAUAGCUCCACUGGUUUUAAUUGUUCCAGAUUCACUCAAGCGCCAUAUUGACAGUGCUCACUUAUCAACAGGUUUUUUUCGGUUAUCUGGUUUUCAAUUUCGUGGACAUGCUAUGUUUUCUGACAGAGGAAUUCCUAUUGUCAGUGAGACUGUAGAGUAUAGUUGGUUAACUGAAAUACAAUGUGGUAACUUUACUGGAAAAGUGACACCUUCUCAGCUCCAAUCUUUGACUUUAUGGGCUGAAACAUUUGUUUUGCAUUUUAUUGAUGCAGAAAAUCGAUUUAGACUGCAAAAUAACCUUAAUGACAGUUUAGCAGAUAGUACAAAUGUAUCAUUGAACUCAAUAGAAGAUCUUAAGUACAAAAUGUUUAGAUUUUCACUAGAAAGUAUUAAUGUGUUUUUGGUAGAAACAGAAUGUGCUUGCAAUAUUCUUGUGGCACCAGUGCGUUUUGCUGUUUGUAACGCCAGUGGAGAACAAUGCUGUGAAGGUGGAAGCUUAUUUAUUAAUGAGGCAACUCUACAUUUUUACCUGCAACAAGUAAAUUCUGAAUAUUCAGCAGAUAAAUUAAGUAAAUCCACAUCAAAUAAUUGGGUGGAAGUAGGUAUAAUUACAUCAGGUGCAUUUACUGCUGACAUAAGAGAUUUGUGUGAGAGUGCUAAUCAAACUUUUAAACAGUAUCGCCACCUUACGUUUCAUGAUGAAAAAAGCAAAAGAAUUUGGUUUCUUUGGGAUUCUAAUGAACUAAAAAGUAAGUUGUCUGUAGAUCGUAUGAAAAAUAAAAAGUGUGGUUGUAUUGGAGGUUGUGAUUUCUUUGGUAAAAAUGUUAAUGGUGUUAGGUUCUUUACAACACAAGUAUUGGAUGCUACUACUGACUCAACUAAUCAUUAUGGUAGUGGAAGUUUAUGGGGUAGCCAACCCACAACAGGUGAAAAAGUAAAAGAAUAUCUACGAAAGCUUAGUGGGUUUGUUCCUAAAAAUAUUCUCAACUCAGAAGACAGUUCAGUUGAAAACUUAAAAAGAAACUCAGAAAUAUUUUCUGAGCCAGAUGGUGAAAUUAGAAGAGAAUCUGUUCCUUUUACAUUUUUGAAUAAACUCUUAAAUAGAUCAAAAGGAUCAAAAAUGAACUUUAAAAGAUCAGCAUCUGUUAUAGCAAGUCAACCUUCUUUACUGAGAAGAUUUGGAAGCACUGAAGGUUCUUUUUAUUCGUGUGCAUCAGAAAGUAAUAUUGCUGGAAAAAUCAGAUCAAUGAGGGAUGUUACAUUAUCUCCUCAGUCAUCUAAUGCAUCUAUUGCUUCAUCUAGCUCACAGUAUGCUUCUGCUGUAACUUCUGUGCAAGAUCUCUCAGUAAACAUAGAUGAACUUGAUUAUUCUACACUGUCGAUAAAACCAUUAUGCCAACCUACUCUAUUAGCAGCAUAUGGAAGUUAUUUACAAUCAUUUACCUGCAUUAAUUGGCCACAAAAAGUUCCGUCUGAUCUUCAGAAGAAUUUCAACUUAUUAAAUAACUUAAAAGUUAUCCGUCCACCUGGAUAUCAUUAUUCUACACCAAAUCUGCCACAUUUUAGACCUAAUGUACAGGCGAAUAAUAUACAAGGAAAAUUACCCUUUUAUAUUGAUCAAAAUAGUUUUUUAAAGGAUGAGGAAGAUAAAGACACAUUUAAAAAUUCAGAAAUUGCAGAUAAAAGCAAUAAGAGAUUUAUAAAUGCUAAGUUGCAUGAUCAAGUGGUUUGCAUUCUCACUCCUCUUGUUACCAAAGUAGUAGAUAGGUAUAUAUCUGCAUUUGAAUCCAGUUUAUUCUUAUGCCAUCCUUGUCAUCUUCUUGACCACUUCCAUUUGGGUUGUAUCUCUAGAUCUAAAGAUAAAUACAAAGAAAGUUGUAUUCUCAAUACGUUUUCUCAAUGUGAAAGUUCUUCUCUUAAAGCACAAAUUGAUAAAAUAGCACCUCCUAACAUUAGUACUGUUAAUUUUAAGUUACCUCAUUUGAAUUUUUUGUUUUUUCAAAUUUCUACGGAGUCCUAUACACCUUUUGAUACUAAUUCUAUUAAUGGUCAGUGUGGAAGUGAAUAUUCUCUUGAUGUCGAUGUUAAAAAUCUUGACUAUGUCAUGUUAGCACUAUCUAUUUCAAAUACAAACCUGGCUCUAUAUCAACAACUGGAAAAUCCAUCAUUAAAUAAUACAGUUGUGAACUUUUUUCAGAAGUUUACUGUUGCUAAACAUAUUGACAAACAUGAAAUAUUGCAUAAAUUAGAAACACUUAUUAAACCAAGCUCAACUGUUUUUGACAGCUAUAUUGGUAAUGCUCAAUUACAGCUUUUACAUCUUAAAGGUAAUAUUGAUAAAGUACCACGCCUAACUGAAAUUCCACAUUUUAAAAGUAAUGUAAACUUUUCUGUAAAGUAUGACAGAAGUCUAUAUACUCAUUUAAAUGAUGAUGCUGUUGCAGAAGAUAUUUUUGGUAAUAUAAUUUGUGAAGCUGGAGUAGAAGGAAUCAAAAUAAAAUUUGUUAAUCAAGAACAAAUAAACAUUAGAAAAUUUAUAAAUAAUGACUUGACUUCUAAUAUUGAUUCAGAGUUCAUAAAUACCAAAACAGAUAUCAAUAAAGAAAAUAACGAACUUUUAUUGUAUAAUACUUCUAGGUCAUCUCUUAACUCAAUCUCUGAUUGGCAAAAAGUUCGCAAAGGCUAUAUAUCUUUGGAUAUUGAAACUGGAGAAAGUUUGCCAGAACCAUUACUUACAUUUGGAGAAUCAAAUACCAGACUCAAUCAAAAAGUUUUAUUUAAGCAGUCAUCAAGUUGUAUUGAAAAUAUUCAUAUAAAUAAUUCUUGUAAGAUUUUUGGUGAUAUGUCUUUGAAACAUGUAUGGAUAAACUUAGCUACACCAACACAUCUUAAAACUGUACAAAAGGCAACAGAUCAAGAUAUAAAUUUGGUUACUGUGCUAAUACCAGCAAUUAGUACUUGGGUACCAUGUAUUAUAGAUCUUAUAAAGACUGUUCAGAAUGCUGAUAAUUCAUAUAAGAUUUUAAACUAUUCAACAUUGGCAUGUCUAAUGAGCCAGUCUUUACCUGAAAAUGGAAAACUGUUUAAAAAGCAUUUUUGCAUUAUUUCUGCUGUAAGUGAAGAGUCAUCAUUCCUGCAAAGUGAUUAUUCUAGCCAACUGAUUAGUGUUUUAAGAAGACAUACAACUGGUCAAAGACUAGAAAAUCUAUUGCAAACACUAAAGAAACCAAGUCAUUGUCCUGGUUUAAAAGAUUUAGAAUUAGGUAUGCAAGCUCUUUCUCGACAAUGGAAGUGCAUAUUUAUUGGCGCAGAAGAUUUUGAGAAUAUAUUUGCUGUAAAGAAAUCUAAUAUUAGAAAACCUGUUGUUGGUCGAGGAGUUCUAACACAGAAAGACUUGCGUCUACUUCUUAAUGAAAAAAAAACAGCACUGAAUUCUGCAGCUGUUAACCCACCAAAUGAUCAAAAAGGUUCAACUUUGCAAAUGGAAGAUGAACCUUUACUUGACAGUGACUCAGAAACUGAACCAGAAAAUUUAAAAGAAAAAGAGCAAAGUCUUUACGAUUGGAUGUCAAGAUCCCCAGCCUCUGUGCGUUCUUUUAACAAACAAAAAGAAAAUGUAGAUAAUAUUAAGCAACUUAAUCUCAUAAAAGAAAAAACUAUUGAACUUGAAAAACUUCAAUCUGUUUCUCAAAUGGUAAGUUUUCCAACAAGUGGAGUGCAGCUAGCUGAAGCAGCUGAUGUUUUUUCAGCUUUACUUAGUGUAGUAGGUCUUGUCGCCAAAAAACAUUUACCAUCGCGUUCACAUAAAAAAUUUGUCUUCCAAACAAAUAAAGUUUCAAUUAGUUUAAUUGAAUCUGAAAUCAAAAAGACUAAAGAAUCUACGACAACCUUAGAAAUAUUUGAUUCCAAGUUUUAUAUCUCUUCAGAUUCAAUGAAAAGCAAUAUGUCAUCUCAAUAUAAUCACACAUUUGCUGUAAAUGUAAAUGAUCUGAAACAACAUUUUGAUUUUCCACUUGUUCGAUUGGUUUUGCAAAUAAGUGAAACUUGUAACGUUUUCUUAGAACAAAAAAAAUUUGCUGAAAAGUUUAUUUUUCAGCCAAAUCGAGAUGUUUUUUCUACUUUGUCAGUUGAACAACAACAUGAAAUGCACGCAUCAAAAUGUUGGCGCAACAUGUAUAAUGUUAUUAAUCUUUACAUACCCAAAAAGAGCUCUUCUACAAUGAGAGAAAACAUAAACCCUGUCAAACAAGAUGUUAUUUUUGUUCAUGAUGAAAAGGUUUCAGAAUCAAGUCAAAAAGAUUUACCACUCGAUAAUGUGACAAUCUCUGGAACUUUUUGUUUACAUAAUGCUAGCUGCACUGCUAGUAUGAGUGGUUUGGAAUUUUCACUUGAUAUGCAACAGUUAAAUGGAUCACUUUAUCAUUCAAAAAAGACAAAAUCAGCUAAUGAGUUGUUUACUGCCUCACAACAAAAUGGAACUAGCCUCAAUGAAGCUAUCACUACUUUGACUGUUCAUAUGGAGGAAACAAAAAUCUGUCUAUUAGACUCUUUUUUUAAAAAAUGUGCACCAAAUUCUCCUAAGCUAUCAAGGGUACUGAUGACUGGGAAAAUCUACAAAACCAAUGGAAUAUAUAAUGAAAUAAAAUGUGAAAACGCUAAGUCUAAACUGAAGACACUAUUGAAUGUUGGACCUAUUGCAGUUGAAAUUCCUCAACAUCCUGGAACUAUAUUAUUUGUCUCAAAUCACUUUAAUAAAAAGCUGCACAAAUAUUUUACUGAGUUUGAGCGAUACAAAAUGUCAAUUAGAGAAUCACAACACUCAUCAUCUGAUCAUAAUGAGAACAAUAUGAAAGAUUCAUUGGCAUCUUCUAACACUCAUUCAUUGUUUCGCUUUUCAACUUGUAGUAUUCUUGUGAGUGCAACUCUUUUGCCUUCACUGAAAGUUGAGUAUAAGAUCGAGCAAAUUAGUGGUUUUGGAAAUUUUAAUGGAAAGAUCAAAUUUGCAUUAGAUUUGCCUCAACAUUAUCUAUCUUUCAAGACAAAAAAUCAGAUAGUACCACUUCCUGCAUCAACUCAUAUCUUCUUGCCUGCAAUAAGUAUUGAUGGACACUAUAUACAGAUUUCUAAAAAUGUUUCAAGCGACAAUUCAACAUAUUUUAAUGGUCAUGGCUACCUUUCUAUAGGCAUAAAUAUUGGACCUCUUGAACUGAAUUUAACAACAGACUUGAUGAAUCAUUUGAUAUUUUUACAAAAAGGUUUUAUCAAGGAAGUAAAUGAAGUUGUGCAAGAUGUAGAAGAAAAUGAACCAAUUCCACUCUGGUUUAGUUCUUAUGAAGAAGUUUUGCCUCAAAAUCCAUUAAUCUACUCAAUUCAACUAAAAAUAUCUCUUAUUCGAGUGAUGGCUUCUAUUCCUUCAGGUACAGCAGUUGUUUUGAAAACAGGUGUUAUAUCAGUGGAGUUUUCGAACCAGAAUCCUUCAGCAUCAGUGCUUCACUUUCCUCAAGAGAACCUUUUUUUAAAGUUAUAUGGUAAUGUUCAAUUUACAGUUGAUUUGUCUCUGGGUCAAUUCAUAAAGUGCAUUAAUAGUGAUAAGCAAGAUUUUGUAGUUUUUGCAAGUUUCAAGACUUCUCUCAACAUUGUUAAUACACAUGAUAACAAAAGUGUGGAGAAACGAAAAGAAACCAUAAUGGUAAACUUAGAACACCCACGUGUCCUUAUCAAAUUACCAGCUGUCGAUAAAGGUGUACUUGUCUACUUGCAUUUUAAAAAUGGUUUUGAUCAAUGGAAGAACCAAAGGAAAAUAAUUUCAUCAGAUUUUCCAACAGUCGUAGAGCACUUAUUUAUAAAAAAGUCUCAAGAAAAUUUCAAUCUGACAAUGGAUUUAGUUCUUCAGACAAACAUUAUUGGUAUGGGUGUAUGCUUGCCUCUUCAGGACUUUGAUGUUCAGCAAGGAGAGUCUUUUUUAUCAGGAGUUAAUUUGAAAAACGAGCAUGGUCAUUCAUUAGUUAUUACAAUUCAAGAAAUGUCUAUUAGUUGUUGUAGCAGUGGUUCAUUUGUAAGCACUGGAUUAUUUCGGAGAUUUUGUUUACAAUUUAAUGAAUCGUUUGAUCAUACAGCUAUACAAUGGAUUGUCAAUGAACAAGAAUUAAUGAACACUUAUUGCAUUCCUGAAGGAAGCUAUCAAUUGUGUUCUAAAACUACUUCAACAAAUGGAGCCAGUGGUCUUCCUUCAAAAUGGUCAAUGACAUUGUUUUGGAAAAUGUGUGGUAUAGAUAUUCAUGUUGAUUCAAAUAUUGGGAAGCAUUUGCGCCUUCUUACUAAUGCCUUAACAACAAUUGUGGGAGAGUCAGAUGUAGGAGACUUGUCAUCAGUGACUGAUGCUGAUAUUGAAGAUAAUGAAACAGAUGGGUUAAAUAAUAAAGAUGAUAUUUUUAAUAGAUCAAUGUCACUAAACCGGGAGUAUUCACUAGAUAAACAGUUAUGGAUACAAACAAACCUUGUCAAUAAUUUAAGGCGUGAAAAUGCAGAUAAUGAAUUAAUUGCUCGUGAAGUAAAGAUCUUACAAGAAAUUGAAAAUGCUCUCUCUAUAGAGUUCUUCAAGGAUGUUAAAAUGCUCUUUCGCCAGAAAUCAUCUCGAAGAGACACAUUUGAUUCUAAAAACUUAUCUUCCCAAAAAGUUAUUUCAAACAAUCAGGAGCCAGAAAACUCUUCAAAAGCAAAUAGAGUAAAAUUUGAUAGUGACAGUAAUUCUGAAAGAAAAUAUUUUGACAAGAAUAAUGAUUUGAGUGAAAAUGAUCUGCAUAACAUUGCAAAAAUUCCUCAAAAUACUGUUGGUAUGGAUUUUGAACUCAAUAUUGUUGUUGAUAUCGACUCUGGAAAAUGCUCUUUGCAUUUAAGUAACCCAAUUAAAGAUGAGGAUGCUAGGUUAAGUGAAAAUGUAUCUAUGGUUGAUAUUCCUCAUAAGCCUCCAUUGGUUAAAGCAGAUUCUUUUAAUGUCAAGUUUCGGUCAAAUCAAUCUCCUGCAUCUGUUCUUUCUUCGCAUGCUGAUGAGAGUCUGGUUCUUCUUAUUCCUGGUGUAAAUGCUCGUGUACAUUACUUAUCUUCCAACUCUAAAGAAUUUGCAGAUGUUUCUGAUGCUGAUUCAAACUGUUCAUCAAAAAAGUAUGCAAAUAAAAUUGGAAGUUUAAGCUCUGUUUUAUCUAUUCAGUCAUUACCUAAAGAAAUGAUUUUAAGACCAUCUUUACUUGAUUUCAUUGAAAAAGCUUUAGAACCAAUAAUGAAUGAUAUGCAAGAUUUUGGCAAAGAAAUUAUUCCUGCUACAAUAUCUGGAUCUACAAUAUCAUCAUCUGGAUCUGGUUUGUAUUCUUUUCCUGUCAAUGUUGUUGUAAUAAUUCGUAUUGAUCCAUCUGAUAUUCGGUUUAGCUGUUUGCCAACUUCAAAAGUUGAAUGUUUGUUGCGUAUACCUUCAUUAAAUUUUGCAAUAACCUCUUCUCCACCUCUUUGCACAGUUCCAUACUCUAGCUCACCUAAAAAACAAAGUAAACUUAAUAAAAAAAUUUCUACUAGUUCAUUUACAUCUGAAGAAGACUCGAUAUCAAACACCUUUAGCUGUACAGCUUGUCUAUCUCGUUUCUCAUUUUGCAUUUUCCAUCCUUAUGGUAAGCAGUAUCCAGUCUUAACAGAUUCUCAAUCACAAAAUUUUACUUCAGAUAAUAGUAGACCUAUAUCUGGUCGAAAAGAUUCUCUGAGUUUAAAUGUUGAGUUUAUAAAGUUUAAUUUGUCAAGAAAGCGAAUUAAGUUGCAUACAGAUGUAAAGGAAUUUGAGAAUCGUACUGCUAUUAAAGUAUCAGUCAUUUGUGACAUUGGUUCAGCUGCUUUUAAUUGUGAUAUGCGACGUACACAUGAAAUUUUAGAUGUUCCCAAGGCCUGGUAUAAACAUAAUCUAAUGCGAAGAAUGUUUUUGGGAAAAGAAGGAACAUACGCUUCUUCAAUGACACGAGAAGGCAAGUUGUUAUCAUCAGCUAGCAAGACAGGAAAUAGUAUUCCCAAUAGUUUUAACAAAUUUAGAUCAAAUCAAUUGAGCAUUAACAGCCCAAUUAAAAGUGUACCACGAGGUCACCGCCGAGCAAAAAGUGCUGCAUUUCUUGAAAAUUUAAUAGGAAGUCCAUUUCCAUCUCAUCGAAACACACCUUCUAAAUCUCAUAAUGAAUCUUCUACAUUGGAUUCUUACAAAGAAAAAAAUGAAGUCGAAACCCCUGUGUUAUCCAACAGUUUAGAGACAUGCAGUGAAUGGGAGACAAAUUUGGUAUUAACGUUCAAUGUCUCUCAUGUAGAUGUGUCUACUAAUACAGGAAAUGUCAUGGGUCAAGUGGUCUGGAACACAAGUGAUUUACGCCUGAAUGUUGGUAUUCUUGUUAACAACAUGGGUCUGAAAACAAAUACUGCAGAACUCUUGAUGAGACAGAGCUCAUUUAAUACACAUGGUGGGGUUAUUGGAGGGUCAAUAGAAGUGCAAGAUAUUAAUACAAUUGGAAAAUUUUCAGAAAACAUCAAAGAUAUUGUCUCCCAUAAAGCAAGUUUAACAAUAAAAUCUGCUGAAAUUCGUUUGGAUUAUAUGGGUUCUUGUAUUAUAAUGACUUCAUUGUCACUUUUUAAACUAAAGUUAGACAAUGAAUGGCCAUUUAAGUUAAUAGGUUCUCCUGAUUCUGGAGAAAUAAAAAUGUUUGUGAAGUGUGAAGUUAGUUGGGAUGAGUUACAAGUUAUUAUGUCACGUUCAACAGCUUCAGAUUCAACAAAACUGCUUACAAAACUUGAAGAGUUUUUCAAUCAACAACACCAAAGCAGUGUGAAAUUACUCUAUUCUUUACACAAAUUUGAUAAUUCAAUAUCACAGUUGAGAAUGUCUGUUGGAGAUGCACCAGAAAAAGAUGCUAAGAGAGCUCUUAAGUAUCAACAUUGGAUAAAGCUUCUGAUGAAUUUUGAAGAAAUUCCUAACAAAAAUGUUUUAAUUGGCGGUAAGCUUUUAAUAAAAGGGAACUUUUUAUCGCUUGCUUGUUUUCAUGGAUCAAAUUUUCGUUCUCAAAAUUGGGCACUUUUCACAAUGAGAGAACCUUGUGUUGAAUUUACAAGCGAGACAAAGGUAGUCGAAAAAAGCUGUCAAGUUUAUCGAGGUUUGUGUCUUCAAAAAGGUACAUUUACUUUGGGAAAAAAGAAUGAUACACAGUUGUUUGAAAGAAGGCAAUCCAUGGAGAGCCUUUCAGAUUUUAUGGCUACAGUGCGCAGAGUUUCAAGAGGGCGUCGAAAUCCACCUUCGCUUGGCGCUCCUGUUCACGAAUGGCUUGUAUUUAUAAACACCGUCAAUGCCCAUGAUUUACCUUUUUCAAACAAAGGUAAAGAAAUAUCUGAAAAGUUGACACAUGUUAAAUUAGGUAGUGGUUUGCGCAAAGUAUCUUUUGCUCCUAAAUAUCGUUACGAGAAUGAUUCAGAGGUAAUUUUCGGACUACCGCAAUUAUCUAUACUGUUGAUUACUGAGCAUGAUCAACCCACUUCCUGUUUUAAUUCUAACGAUCCAAAAGAAUUUGGAAAUACUCCUCAUAUUGUAGACACUCAGUUGUUAUCUUCGUUUGACGACAGUAUUAGUGUAACAAUGGAUGCCAGUCUUUAUUUCUUUUUGCACGAUUUGAUACUGAGUUAUAUGAAAGAAAAGCAAUCGACUGGAGGAUCUAGAUUGUCUCGUAAAUUAAACGUUGAGACAGCUGAAGAUUUGAUUGAGUCUCGAAACUCAUCUAUAGCAACCGAGUGCAAAUACAGGGAGUUCCGUUCCAAAGGAUGGAAAGUAGAGCCUCGUGUCCGAUUUUUAAGUUGGGCAGGACAGCAAAUGGAUCCCGUGAGCAUUGAUUGGGUUUUGGAAAAGCUUGGCUUUAUGCAUGCUGCUUUAACAAUACCAAAAUGGGCACAAAGAGGAGCGCUGGAUCCGUUGGAUCUAACUCUUGCUCGCUUAAUGGAAAAACUUUUAGCUUAUACAAUUAAAGAGAAUAUUAAAUAGACUAAAACUAAAUCUAUUUUAUAAAAUGCAUGAUAAAUAUAUAUAUAUAUAUAUUUUUUUCAUCAUCAUUUUUAAUGCUA